GGCGCGCCCGUGUGGGCCGUUGAAAAAUGGCGACUGUUGCUGAGCUGAAGGCGGGUGAGUGCGAAUGGGAAGCUUGCCGGCUGAACUUUGUCGGCCUUCAGCCUGUGAAAAGGAUGGGACGAAAUGAGGUUUUAAAGGACACCUUGGAAAAAAGAGGAGUAUUAGGGCAUUUAAAAGCAAGGAUUCGAGCUGAAGUUUUCAGUGCUCUUGAUGAUGAAAGUGAACCUCGACCAUUAUUGUCUCAUGAAAACCUUCUAAUUAAUGAAUUAAUUCGGGAGUAUUUGGAAUUCAACAAAUAUAAGUAUACAGCAUCUGUCCUCAUAGCAGAAUCUGGUCAACCCAUAGUUCCAUUGGACAGACAGUUUCUCAUCCGUGAACUAAAUGCAUUUGAAGAAUCAAAGGAUAAUACAAUACCUCUUUUAUAUGGAAUUUUAGCUCAUUUCUUGCAUGGAACUAAGGAUGACAUCCAAAAUACAUUUCUGAAAGGGUCUUCACUUCAGCCUCCAAACCCAAAUCUUGGCAGACAACCUAAUGGAAGAAAGCAAAUGGUGAAAGCGUGGAGUCCUAACCACUGGACUGCCAGGGAAUUCCCAGAACAAAUAUAAAUCUUGACUGUUGAAGUAAACUUUUAAGAAACAUCUAAAGUGCAAAUUGUCUUUUGCAGUUUUCCUGAACUGCCAUGAGCAAUAUUGAUCAUGUUGGGCUUCCCUGGUGGCGCAGUGGUUAAGAAUCCACCUGCCAAUGCAGGGGACACAGGUUCGAGCCCUGGUCUGGGAAGAUCCCACAUGCCGCAGAGCAAUUAAGCCCGUGCACCACAACUACUGAGCCUGCACUCUAGAGCUUGCGAGCCAUAAAUACUGAGCCCACAUAUCACAACUACUGAAGCCUGCGUGCCUAGAGCCCGUGCUCUGCAACAAGAGAAGCCACCACAGUGAGAAGCCUGUGCACCUCAAUGAAGAGCAGCCCCUGCUCGCUGCAACUAGAGAAAGCCCGUGAACAGCAACGAGGACCCAACACAGCCAAAAACAAAUAAAUAAAUUUAAAAAAAAGAAA